CCCUACACGUGUUUGCUUCAGUACAUUUGUACACACAUUAUUAGCAAUACAUACUCACAGAAGUAUUGCAAACUGAGGGGGCCAGGGAUGGGUGACAGUGACGAUGAUCAGGACAGAGGGCGCAGCAGGGACAAGUUUAGACGGGAGAGGAGUGACUACAACAGUGGUGGAGACAGAAAUCGAAGCAACUAUCGUGAGAAGAGACCGUGGCGAGGUGAUGAAUCUGGCUCUGGUCGCAGACGAAGCAGAGAUGAGUACGAACAUGAUAGCAGGAAGCGUUUCUCUGGAGGCUCGGGCAGUUAUGGUCGUGGUGGCAGAGAGUGGAGCCCACCCGCAAAACGAAUGAGGAGAGAAUGGACUGGAUUUCCAGCACCUGGAAUGAUGAUGCCGUAUGGGAUGAGGCCACCCUGGUCCAUGCCAGCCCAUCCUGCACCUCACCAGAUGCCACCUGGACUACCUGUUGAGCCUGGGAUGGGUGACAACGCCUCCCGAACAUCCAAACACACCAUGCUCAGCUUCAAGCAGUUCCUCACUCGGCAAGAAGACGAUAUUGAGGAAGUCGAUGCCAUUACCAGCUACAACAGCUACAAGUCUGACUUUAAAAAGAAGUUGAUUGAAGAGUUCUUUGAGGAGCAUAAAGAAGAGGACUGGCUCAUUUCCAAGUACCACCCCAAGAGGGUGAAGGAGAACAAAGAAAAAGAGGCAGCUAAUCUCCAGCGUAGAGUACAGGCCUUCUCCUACCUCCUAGAGUCUGGCCUGCUGGACAAGGCCUCUCUCACUGCUGAUAACUCCGACCAGAUUAUCAAGAUUAUGGACUCAGCUGUGAUCAAGAUGGAGGGUGGCAGUGAGGUAGAUCUGCUCUCUUUGGAGGAUCCUCCCCCCACUAGUGGCGAGGGUGAGGAGACGGGGGACAAGACUAGUCCCUCUCUUACCAUGGAGUCCACCGAUGAAUCUUCCAAAAUAGCAGAGCAAGCAAAGGAGUACGGCCAACAGAGAGAGUCAAAAUCUGGAUCUCCCAAUGGUUCAUCAGAAGGUAGCAAGGAAGACGAAAAAAUGACAGAGCCAGCUACUAGUGAGACUAAGGAGGAGGGGGACUCCCCUAACUCCACUGAGCCACACCCCCCUGAGAAUGGGGUAGCCAAACCGAGGGCACUCCACAUCACCCGCUCUGUCUAUAUCAGACACAUCCCGGCAAAGAUCUCUGCAGAGGAUAUUAUCGAGGUGUGCCGUACCAUUCCUGGAUUCUUGAGAAUAGCGUUUGCUGACCCAGCUCCUGACAGAGGGUACGAGCGUCGUGGAUGGGCCACUUUUACAGCUGAGACAGAUGUUAAAGAUGUCCUCUCCAAACUUAGCACCAAGAAGAUCAAGGACUGUCAGCUGAGCUGCAUGGUGAACAGGGAGCUCACUCGUCGUGUGAAGCAUUGCCCCUCAUCAGCCUGGGCAAGGAGGUCUCUCCACUCUGACCUGCAACACCUGCUCAAACUCAUCAAGUUCUUUGAUGAGAAGGCUGGUCUGUGGGAGUAUGCACCACCUGGGGAGGAGGAGCCUCAGUCCAACCCAAUCCUCGACUUCUCUGACGACCUGUUAGAGGAGGAACCUGUAGCCAUGACUACCAGUGCAGACGACGAGGAGGGUGCCAUCAGUGACCCUGGCAAUGAAGUGGUUGAGGGAACUGAUGAGAAAGUUAAGCUGUUGGAUCAGUUGCUAUGGUACUUGCGUAUUGUACACUCCUUGGACUACUAUGGUGGGACUGUGCUCCCCCCUGAGGACUCCAUGCCCCAUCGCUGUGGCCUGUUCACCAUCAGAACACAGCCCCCGGACACUCUGGAACAUCAAGAGGUGAGUGACUAUGUGGAGGGUAUGGAGGAGAAGGUGCAGCCUCUCGUGGUCAAGAAGGGGAUCCUCUCUGAGACUGAGAUCAACAAACUGGGCAAGAAAGACCCAGAAGCUGAAGAGGAGCGGUUUGUGGAGCUUAACACUCAGAAGCUGGCAGAGAGUAAGUACCUUUGUCCACUCAGUGGGAAAAAGUUCAAAGGUCCAGAUUAUGUCCGCAAGCACAUCUUUAAUAAACACAUGGACAAAGUGGAGGAUUUCAAGCAAGAAGCUGUGUUCUUCAAUAACUACAUCAGGGACCCAGACCGCCCCAUGCCAGAGGAAUCUACGAUUAGUUCCUCUGUCUUGCCCUCCAUUCCCAAGACCCCGGGAUCAGCAGAGAGUCCGUUGGGUGGAGUCAUGGCUCUGGGCUCUGGGGGAAGUCCCUGGGACCAGGGGAGGAUGGGCAUGUUUGGACGAGGUGGUGGUUUUGGACCUUCGAUUGGUGGAGGGUUCACUCCUCCGGAAAUGAUGAACAGAGGUGGAGGAUUCAGGGGAAGGGGUGGUGGAAGGAGGGGGCGUGGUCGGAGAGUGGUCAACUAUGAGGACCUGGAUGCCCCAGAUGAAAUGUACUGAACAUUCUACCCACUCAUGUAUAAACAACAAUAACAACACUUAGUACGUAUACAUAGUUAUACACUUUUCUUGAUGCUUUGUGCUCUUUUCUGUAAUGGUAUUAUUAUUGUGGGAUUUGCUUA